AUGAGGUCAAGAUCCUCUUUAGAUAAUUCAACUAUUAAUAAUAUAUCAAAUAUUUCAAUGUCAACUAUGUCAACACCAACUAGAACUAAUACUACAACCACAAAUACAAAUACCACUACAAGAUCAAGUUUUAGACCGCCUUCAAGACCAACUAUGUUACGAUCGUCCUCACCAAUUCAACAACAACAUCAUCAACCACCAAGGUCAAGACCAGGAUCGUCAUUAGCUAGUAGACCAGGAACUCCAGUUAAUUCAAGCACCUAUGUAAAUCGUCAAGAACCAUAUUUUGGUACUAUAUCAGUUUCAAUACGUCCAAAUCCACAAUCUUAUCAGCACUCCUCACAACAACAAAAUUGGAAUAUUGAUCCUUUUAGUAAUUCAAUUUCAAAUAAUCCAGAUGGAACUCACUUUGUUUUUGAUAAUGUAUUUCCCGCAAAUGAUAUUAAUUUUAAUAAUAAUUAUCAAGUAUAUAUUAGAACUUGUAAACCAAUAAUAGAAAAAUUUUUAAAUGAAGGUUUUAAUGGAACUGUAUUUGCUUAUGGUAUGACAGGUUCAGGAAAGACUUAUAGUAUGAAAGGAGAUGAUAAUGAAUUAGGAUUUGUUGAAUUGUCAAUUAAUGAAAUUUUUAAAAAGAUUGAUGAAUCAAGUGAUGUUUUGAAAUUUCAAAUAAAUUUAUCAUACCUUGAAAUAUAUAAUGAAAGAAUUAUUGAUUUAUUAGAUAACAAUACUGCUUCACAAUUAGACCUAAAAAUAAGAGAUGAUCCAGAAUAUGGUAUUAAAGUAGUUGGACUUAAUUCACCAAUCAUUACAUCAAAGGAUCAAAUUUUAUCAUUAAUCAAAAGAGGUGAUCUAAAUAGAAAAACAAGUGCAACAGAUUUCAACUCCAGAUCAUCAAGAUCACAUUCAAUUUUACAAAUAAAACUCAAGUGUAUGAAUACAUUAACUAAUAAUGAAAUAUUAUCAACAUUAUCAUUAUGUGAUUUAGCAGGAUCAGAAAGAGCAUCGGCAAGUUUAGAAAGAAGAAAGGAAGGUUCAUACAUUAACAAAUCUUUAUUGGCUUUAAGUAAUGUUAUUAAUAGAUUAUCGUCAUCUUCAAAUGGUAUGGUUGAUAAUCAUAUAAGUUAUAGAGACUCAAAAUUGACAAGAUUAUUACAACCUGCAUUGAGUGGUAAAAGUCUAGUGCUGAUAUUAUGUACUAUUCAUAUGGGAUCAAAUCUAACUAAUCAUACUGUUGUAACAUCAAGUAUAAAUCAGUCAGUUUCUGAAACCUAUAAAACUUUGAGAUUUGCAGCAAGAGCUAAAAAUAUUGUUAUAAAUGUUGAGAAAAAUGUCACGAAGAGUAUUGAAACUAAUGAUUUAGAAGCUUUGAAAUUAAUUCAGGAUUUGAAUAAUACAAUUGAACAACAAAAGAAAGAAAUCUUCAUAUUAAAAUCAUCAUCAACGAAUCCAAAUAACAAUGAUAUUUUUACAUCAUCAUCAUCUUCAAAUAUUGUAGAACAAGAAUUAAGAUCAGAGAAUAAAGUAUUACUAGAAAAACUAGAUCACUUGAACAAAUUAACAGAUUUACAAAAAACAGAAACAAUAAUAAUAAAAGACAAUAUCCUAAACGAUAUAUUAGGUUCCAAUCUCGACAACACUCAGUUAGUAAUGACCAACAUUGAAGAAUUCUACAAAAGAGUAAAUCACGAAAUGAAUGAAUACAAAAACUACAUAAACAGUCUAGAAAUCCAAUUAUCAAUGUCAUUAAACCAAUCACCGCAACAACAACAACAUCCACCACAACAAGAUUUAGAACUAAUGGAAGUACUAAAAGAACAAGAAGAAGAAAUAAUCCACUUAAAAAACACAAUUCAAGAUAAAGAUCACAUUAUAAAAUCAUUCACAAAAACAACAAAAUUCAGAAAAUUAGUAGAAUCAAAUACAAAUCAUUCCCCUCAUACAUCAACAUUAUCUAAAUCAAAUUAUAGCAUAAUGGAUCAAGAUUAUAAAAGGUAUAUAACGUCAAGAGGAAGUUCUGUUAGUCGUGGUGGUGGUGUUGGGGUAGAUAAAGAAAAUGAACCUGAAUUUUUGAAUUAUAAAUUGUCUAGUCAUGAAAGUCGAAAUGUUACUCCUAAAAAGCCAAAAGCUAGUUUUGAUAUAAUGCAAACUUUAUAG